UCUUGCUGUUUUAAAGUGUUUUUUUUAAUACAAUAUCUUCUUGACUUUAGUGACAUUACGUGUUCUGUAACAGUGAUUUUGAAGAGCUUCCACGUAUCUUCUGUGACUUAGAGUUCUACAAGUCAAUGGAGGCAAUGCUCUUUGCUUAGUUGUUUAUAAGAAGACAGUUUGAGAAGGUUUUGGUUACAGGGCUAGUGUUUUGGUUUUUGCAUUUUUUGGUUUGUGAAAAGGUCAUUGUCAGAUUCUUCUUUUAUCUUUUUUCAUGAUGUUGCCUAGCAAGAGGCCUGCUCCUGAUGGAGGUGAUGAGAGGCUGGAAGUUAUGGUUCCAGAGACAAAAAGAAGAACAACCCUGAAGAAUGCUGUCAGAAGAAGCAUUAUGGGAUUGGGAGGGCUUUCCCUGAAUAGAAUUGUGCUCAACCUGGAACCAAUGCUUCGAUUAUGGGUAAGGGAGGCAGUGGAAAGUGCCAUUCUAUCGUCCUUUCAGCCAUCAUCAAGGUCCUUGGUUAAUCAGAUUAAGGCAUCUAGAGGAAGAAGUUUGCAGUUGCGUUUUGUCAAUAGACUGCCCUCUACCAUAUUCACCGGUAGCAAGGUUGAAGCUGAGGAUAGCAAUCCGAUUACGAUUAUCCUAUUCGAUGCAACUAGCCAGACAAUGGUCUCAUCUGGUUCACUCUCUUCUAUUAAGGUUGAGGUUGUAGUCCUUGAUGGUGAUUUUGGUGCUGAUCAAAGAGAAGAUUGGACAGAAAAUGAAUUCAAUGCGAGAGUUCUUCGUGAAAGAGAAGGUAAAAGGCCACUGGUGACUGGGGAUCUCAAUGUUACGUUGAUUGAUGGUGUUGGUACUGUUGAUAAUGUGAUUUUCACUGACAAUUCUAGCUGGAUAAGAAGUAGAAAGUUUAGAUUAGGAGCUAGAGUUGUUCAAAGAAUUUCUGGUGAAAUGAAAAUCAGGGAGGCUACAAGUGAAGCAUUUGUGGUGAAGGAUCAUCGCGGAGAGUUGUAUAAGAAACACUACCCUCCAGUCCUGCGUGAUGAAGUGUGGCGUCUGGAAAGGAUAGCAAAAGAUGGUGCCUUCCAUAAACGGCUGGCCUCUAAAAAUAUUCGUACCGUAAAGGACUUCCUGCGGUUGCAAGUUACUGAUCCAUCUGCGCUUCGCAAUAUACUCGGUGGUGGGAUCUCAAAUAGGGUAUGGGAUACAAUCAUAGAACAUGCUUUUUCUUGUGUUCUAGAUGAUGAUGAGUGGUAUACCUACUAUGGAGCAGCACAUAGGGUAGGACUCCUAUUAAAUUCCAUUUACGAGGUUGUGGCUGCAACAUUUGAUGGCGAAAAUUACCAGCCUGUGGAAAAAUUAACCUUUUCUCAGAAGCUUCAGGUGGAAGAUACAAAGAGACUAGCUCACAAGAAUGUUUGGGACAUGGUCUUGACCGAUCGGCGAGCAAUCAUGGGCCUCUCAAUGCCCUUGAUGGAUCUGCUGCCUGAGCCACAUAGCAUACCAAAUUUACUCCUGCAGCAGCCUGAUUUCUCAGUUGCAAACCAAGAUCAAGCAGACACGCCACUGGAUUUCAACCAAUCCUCAACAUCCUAUGCCUAUGAAGUGGAAGAUAUCAAUCAAUUACAGGUUUCUCUACCACAAGAUGGACAUGCAAUUCAAGCAUUUGAUCCAACGCUAAGAAACAGUUUCAGAAUGGAGGGAAUCUUCCCUUACAAUGGAGAGAGCAGUUUGUCACUUUUGCCAGAUAGCCAUUUUGUUACUGAGGAUAAUUCUCAAGCUCAAAUGCCUAGUUGGGCUUCAGCUACUCCAGCAUGGGAACAAGGCAAUGGAUUUUUUAUGACUCCGCACUGCGAAUCAUCUGUAGGCAUCCUUUCUUCUUCCCCUAACUUCGAUGUACAUAGCCGAAGCAUGGGAAAGGCAAGAGAUGUGUGUCCCAAAGCUGGGUGGUUGAAGUUACGAGCUGUUAUCCAGUGGAGGUCAAUCAGGCGCGGAGCUGCAAGAAGGCGGCUCUGGUUUCCACAAGGCAUAUGUACAUAAGUGACUAGAUUACAGCAAUUAGGCAUCUCAGAAUUUUGGAGGCAAGCUUCUCCAAGAUGUGUUAGCUUUGUAGAUUUUCUGUUUUUCAUCUGGCAAUGUUCUGUAAGUUGAUUGCAAAAUCACAUCUACUCUAGUUUGAUGCAAUCAGGAGGCAACAAUCUCCUAGAUGUUUUAGCUUAGGUUUCUAAAUAUUAUGCAGUUGUUUUUCCUGUGGAAAGGCUUGUGUAUGUUGUGCAUAGGCAGCUCAUAUUAGGAUUAGCUGAAAGCUGUCAUCCUUGUAAGUUGUAACAAAAAGGGUCUUUGUAAAUACUGUUUGUAAGUUAAAAUCAUUAAUACAAUAAUCAAAUUCUGAGAUUUUCAGGAUCUGUUUGUUUAAUACUAA